AUAAUUAUAUUCUUCCGAAAGGUAUCACGGUCAUAUUGACAAUAUUAUUAACACACCGAAAUCCGGUGGUUUGGCCGGACCCAUUGAAAUUCGACCCGGAUCGCUUUCUUCCAGAAAAUUCAAAGAACAGAAAUCCGUAUGCCUAUAUUCCGUUCAGCGCUGGACCAAGAAACUGUAUAGGUCAGAAAUUCGCUCAACUCGAAGAGAAAAUUGUGUUGACUGCUAUCCUCAGGAAAUGGAGAGUGAAAAGUGUGAAAACAGUCGACACGAUUAAAUUCGAAGGUUCUAUCAUUUUACGACCAAAUGAAGAUGUAUUAAUGCAUUUCACGUCGAAGAAAUGAACAAUUUGCGAUGAAUAAGAUAGUUGGCCCAGAAAUCGUCAAGAUAUACAAGUAAUCGCAAUUUCACGUAUUAAAGACGUAUUUUAGUGCUUUCUGUCGAGCGUGAGGCUUGCUAAUAUUUUUAUUGGUUCCAAGAAAGUAUUUAUAAUAUUGUGUUACAUUAUGAAACUCGUAAAUAUAUGAAUUCACUAUUGAUUAAAUCGAAUAUGAGCAGCAACCGAGCCUAUGCGUGAUUUCGAUCAACUUUUUCAUUAUGAAGUUAAAAGACAUUGUUUGACAUUUCGUGUGAUUUUGAAGUAUUGGCAACUUGCAUGAAAUAAAUUGAGCUUCGAGUUAUAAAUCGCAGUUUUAUGUUUUGAUCGCAGUUUUACACACAAAUUAUUAUUAUUUAAUAGGUU